AUGCAGUUCCUCUGUCUUCAUGGUGCCAUUGGCAAUAUCGAUAAUCUCAGCAUCCAACUAGCACCACUACAGGAGGACUUGGCGCGCGAUUGUGCGGCUUCGUUCCAUUACAUCAACGGCUUGGUCCAAAUCAAGCCGCCGCAAGGUACGAAUAUUCCAUUCCCACCACCGGUGAGUGGUCAAAAGGAGCUCAAAGCUAAUAUCUGGUCAUAUACAGGAUUCGAGGAGUACUUCGGCGCUGGACCCCACUAUCGCUGGGCGGAAGAUGGUGGUGUAGCUGAAGAGUCGAUGAUCAGCCGGGUACGCAAAAUCCCAGUCGGGCAGAACCCGGAAGAUGUGAUGCGCGAUUUAGCUGGAGACCGAGAAGUAGUAUGGAAGAAUCAUGUACAGGUGAUGCAGUAUCUAUACGAUACGUUGGAGAAGAAUCCAGACAUCGGAGGCAUCAUCGGAUACAGCGAGGGUGCCUCCAUCGCCGCGACAUUCAUUCUGGAUGAGCAGCGAAGACAAGAAGAGACUGGGCGUGAACGACGCAUCAAAUGCGCAAUGUUCGUCACUGGCUGGCCCCCAAUUAACCCUGGGAAGGGCAUUGUCCUCGCAGAUCAGGACGACGACCUGAUUGACGUGCCUACUCUACACGUUGUGGGUGCUAACGAUCCCUUCAGACAUGGCGCAUACGCGCUAUACGACGUAUGUGACCCCGAUACGGCCACCCUCUUCGACACGGGCAAGGGCCACACUAUUCCGCGGUCUGGACUGGUGAUCAAUGAGCUAGGAGAUGCAGUCCGGGACCUAAUAGCCAAGUCGGAAGAAGAAUCCUAG